UACAUGCAGCUACCUAGAGCUGAGCUGAGGCGCUAGGCACACAGACGGAAGGAAGACGCUUGAUUGAUUUCAAGAAAUAGGCAUUUACGAAAUGCCACUUUUUACUACUCAUGUGUAAACGGAAAUGGAGAGCUACGAAGAACAAGUGCUUACAGUCAUAACUCAUUGCUUUGCAUCAUAAUCAGAUAAUGAUCUAUCCCUUGCUUGAUCUAGUACAGGAAUUUAAAUACCGGCAAAGUUCACUCAAAUCAUGGCAAGAAACCGACCAAUGAGCCGAUCACGCACCGUGAUCUACAUAGCAUGUGGAAUUGUUGCUGGAGCUGUCCUGAGCUUUCUCUGUAUACCUCUAGAAACUGGCUGUGGCCUUGACAGUUACGUACAUGUGGGGACAAAGAGAAAAACGAGUGCAGUCGACAUGAUAGAUUACGGAACUGACGAGAACGGCAACCAGUUGAAUGAUGAAGAUUUUGAACCGGUGCUGAUGACAGCGAAUAAGCCAAUUGUGAAAAAAGACAUUGAUCGGCAGCGACUUAUUCGAAUGCGAUACAUCUCGUCUGAGCUCCAGAUCAAAGAGAAGUUGUUUGUGGGUGUGAUGGUCUCACGAGAGGAGAUAGAUUUGGAGUCAACAACGGUCGGAAUCAAUAAGACACUCAGCCAUUUUGUAAAUAAGUUAGUGUUUUUCACCAAGAUUAACACAGAGCAAUCACCAAAUGGUAUAACAGUUAUUGCAUUCCCGGGAGAACAGGUCAACGUUAGGAUGUUCCAAAUUUGGAAAUAUAUCUACGAGCACCAUGGCAGCGACUAUGACUGGUUCUUAGUCAUCCAAGAUGAUACGUACAUCUAUGGCGAGGUCUUCUCAGAGUUCUUGGCCCACAUGAGUGUCGGAAGAGACUUGUACAUGGGAGUUCCGAUUCAUGAAGCGGAGAUGGAUGUCACAUUUUGUAGCAGGGAUGCAGGGUACAUGCUGUCUAGGAAUCUACUUGAAAAGGUUGGACCAUAUUGGGAGGACUGCAUGCGGAAAUCCUGGAAUAACGUCCCUGAUCUUGAGUUUGGACGAUGCAUUCAGGACCACACCAACACACGGUGUUCCACCAAUUAUGAGGGCUCAACGUUUUACGCCUAUGAUUUUCAAGACAAGGUUUUGACAGACAAGGAGAAAAAUGAUGUUGAUUUCCAGAAGGCCUUAACAAUUUACCACGUGAUGGACACACGCACCAUGUACAAGCUACACAAGUACUUCUCAGAGCAAUCGCUGAGUCAAACGCUGAAGCAGAUCUCAGACCUCCAGCAAAACAUCGAAGAAAUCAGUGAGUUUGCACCAGGGGGGAAGGCCAAAGUUACCUGGCCGGUGGGAUUAAAAAGUCCUUACAAACCGGCAUCACGAUUUGAUGUCAUGGCAUGGGAGUACUUCUCAAUGACGCACAUUUAUGGAUUGGAUGAUUCAGAACCCAAAUCUCCCCUGAUUGGCGCAAACAAGCAGGACAUCGACGAGAUCCUCACCACAACCAUGGCACGCUUGAAUGAGCUCCAUGGGAAUAUCUACAUGCUUGGCAGGCUGCUGAAUGGAUACCGGCGAUUCGAUCCCAAUCGUGGGAUGGAGUACACCCUUGAUAUGGAGCUCAAGCUCCACGGCGACAAGCGAGAAGUCCUGAAGCGAGUCCACCUCCUCAGACCCCUCAACAAAGCAGAGAUAGUCUUCAUGCCCUACGUCACUGAAUACACCCAGGUGACCAUCAUUGUACCCGUUGUGUCUGGCAGCCAAGAACACGUCCGAACCUUCUUGGACAAUUACGCCCGAACCUGUCUAGAGACCCGGGACAAAUCGGCCGUCAUGUUGAUUUUUAUUUAUACGCCGACAGAGGCUCUGUCAAUGGCUACUGAGGAUAUCUACAGUGUGAAUAAGGGCUAUGUUUCUUACCUGGAGCGCAAGUACCCCGGCUCACAUCUGUCCUGGAUAAGUGUGAAGACCAGCUUACCCUCUCCCAUCGCCAUCAUGGAUGUGGUCUCCAAGAAGUUUGCCUCAGACACUCUCUUCCUUUUCACUAACGCCUACAUGGAGCUUGUCGCUGAGUUCCUCAACCGUGUCCGCAUGAACACCAUCGCCGGUUGGCAGGUGUUUUUCCCCAUCCCCUUUUCUCAGUACGACCCCAAGAUCAUCUACACCGACUCACCCAACCCAAACCGCAUUGACAUUUCCAAAACCGCCGGACACUUUGACACGUACCUCUUUGAGCACGCCAGCUUUUACAACUCGGACUACAUGAACGCCAGGAAACUUUGGGAUGAGAAACACCCAGGAAGUGAAACAGACCACAUCCAGUCAGAUCUAGACCUCUUUGAGAUGUUCCUUAGCACUAAGCUGCAUACCUUCCGAGCUGUAGACCCAGCCCUGAAGCUGCACUACCAUCUACGGAUCUGCCAACCCUCCCUAAAGGAGGAACAGUACCAGAGAUGUUUGGAGGGGCGGGCGGAGGGACUUGCUUCCAAAUCGCAGCUGGCGAUGCUGGUCCUCGAACAGCAGCAAAAGCUAGCCACUGAGAAAGUAAAUAUUUGAAGCAAACUCAGAUUGGCUUUGCUAGUUCAGGUUGCUUGAAUUUACAUUCAUGGUCAUCAUGCCUUGGUCUCUGAGUCCUUGCAAAUGCGUGGCUAGUGAGCAAUUUCAGAAGAGAGUUUAACAAGUUGAAGAUGUUCUUACAAUGUGUGCUUAAAAGAAAAACGUCCUGUCUCAUUUAAAAAAGCAAUGCAUUGUGGUGCUGCACCAUUUACAUGAAUUUUAUAGGUCAGCACCAGUUGAAGCAGGGUUAGGUUAUUAACAUUAAUAAGCAUAUUUACAUAUCAGGAAAUGGAUCAGCUGUUGAUGAUCCAUGAAUACACUUUUAAUAUUGGUCACAAAUGCAGUUUUAAUGAAUACACUUUUAAUAUUGGUCAUAAGUUGAGGCACUAUAAAUGUGAAAUCUUGACUCAAAGUAUUUUUCCGUUGAGCGAGGCUGAAUCGUUUAGCUAAGAAUACCUUAAUACCAGAGACCAGAAACGCCCCAUGUAUUUUACUGUGUUAAAAAAUAUAACAGUUUUAAACACCGACAAGAAAUAAAUCAUGAAUAUCCUUGAAUGCUGCAUUAAUAGAGGCUACACUUUGCUAACAGCUAGAAUAGAUUUAUUUCUCUUAUUCAGUCGUGUGUAAAGAUUUUCAAGAUAUAAAUACAUGCAUGUAAUUCCAUUUUGCAUAAGACAAUAAUCAAUUACUAAUUAAUAAUUCACUCAAUUGAGAGAUAUUGAUCUUUAAGAAGACCCAUUUUUGUUUAUACACAUAGUGUGUUUUAGUUGAUCAUUGCUGAUAGUAAAAGUUUGUACCUAAAAAUUUUGCAGGAAUGAAAAUUGACAUUACAGGAAAGAGUCAGUUUCAACAGCUUGCUAUGCAAAUAAACAAAUAUUAACAUGCCAAGGAUCUGUCGAACUUUAUAUGUACAGUUUACUUCAGUUCAUAGUUUUGAUGUAUCCAAACAAAUUCUUUGUUCUUUAUUUUAUGGUUAUCACAGUCCAAAUGAUGUAUUUAUUUUUAAUGCAUGUACUUGAGAAAAGAGCAGAGUAUAUUGUUCCAUUGAGGAAAUUUCUAGCAAAAUACUUAACUAAAUUACAUGAGAAUUUGCUCAUGCACAUCAAGCAAAUGUACACAGCACAUUUAGCACGUACUCCAGCAAUAUUACUGCACAUGUAUCUCAAAAGUUUCAAGGAUUUUUAGUCCAUGCUUAUUUUUAAUAUUCCAUUUGUUGAAAAGAAUAAAUAACUUAUUCACUUGAA